AUGCACUCCGCUGCUGUUCUCCUCAAGGAGGGCGGUCCGUUAGUGGUCGAUGAACGCAUCACCCCUGAGCCCGGCCCUACCGACGUUCUCAUCGAGGUCAAGGCCGUCGCUCUGAACCCAAUGGACUACCUUCAGCGCGAUACCAACUUCCCACCGAUACCCUUCUACCCCGCCGUCAUCGGAUGCGACGCCGCCGGUGUCAUCGCCAAAGUGGGUUCCGAGGUAACUACGGUUGUUCCUGGCACUCGCGUCCUCGCGUUUGUUACCCCCUUCUACCAAAACGGUUCGCCCGACUACGGCGCAUUCCAGAAAUACGCCUUGGCCCCGUUCGAAACCGCCGUCCCGCUCCCGGAUGCCCUCUCCUUCGAGGAGGGCGCUGUUCUCCCCGUCGCCGCCGUGACGGCCUUGACCGCGUGGACCACCAUCGGCAUCCCGAUCAGCACCAGGCACACCCCACAGGACAAGCAGGGCGUGUUAAUCUGGGGCGGCGCCAGCAGCAUUGGCAGUUUCUCUGUCCAAACCGCCCGGAUCCUGGGCUUCACCGUCUACACCACGGCCAGCCCCAAACACCACGCCUACCUCAAGGGGCUGGGCGCCGACGCCGUCUUCGACUACAAGGACAGCGACGUAGUCGCGCAGAUCGUCGCCGCCGUGAAGAAAGACGGCGUCAAGCUGCACACGGCGCACUGCGCGGUCCCCGACAGCCUGCAGCCGACGCUGGACGUUCUCAAGGAGACGAAGGGGGACGCCCCGGCCCGGGUGGCCCAUUCGCCGGUCCUGCUCCCGGACCACCCGACGCUUGACAACACUGAGAUCAAGUUUAACUUCCCGUCGGGGGACAAAGCGGAGAGGGACAGGCACAUGUACGGGUGUUUCCACGAGUGGCUGCAGGAGAAUCUCAAGUCGGGGGCUGUGGUCCCGAGCCCCGGCAUUCAGGUCGAGGGAGGCGGCCUCGAUGGGUUGAACGCCGCGUUGGACAAGCUGAAGGCGGGUGAUUACCCGGCUUAA